CUAGAGCUUUCACCGUCGGAAGUCGGAACAAUCAAAUCAAGCAAGGGAAGUCGUAUCCAAAUUCCAAUUUUGGCGAAUAUUUAGGAAUUCAAUCGUUAGUUAUUUAUUCAGUAUUUAAUGUUAUUUCAAGAUUUUAAUCUGAAAGUUGAAUGUAAAAAAACACUAAUUAACUUGGCAGUGCCCGACGAUUUAUUUUCAAACAACAAAUCCAAGAAUAUUUUUAUCACCAAGAUGUCUAAUCCGAUUGUAGAAACAUCACAAGGAAAAUUACAAGGCUUAUUAAGUGAAAGUGAUAAUGGGACCAAGUUUUACACAUUUAAAAGUAUACCAUAUGCUAAACCUCCAAUAAAUGAGCUAAGAUUUUCUCCACCGUUAGCUCCAGACUCUUGGGAAGGGGUUCGUGAUGCUACAAAAGAUUGCAACAUUUGUGCCCAGUUUGACAAAGAGACAAUGAAUGUUGUUGGUGAUGAAGAUUGUUUAUAUUUAAAUGUGUAUACUCCUAAACUUCCUACGGAUGGUGUGGCUCUACCUGUGAUGGUAUUUUUCCAUGGAGGUGGCUUUGUGUUUGGUAGUGGAACAGAUGACUCUAUUCAUGGAGCUGACUAUUUAGUUGAAAAAGAUGUGGUUGUUGUAUCUUUAAAUUACCGUUUAGGUAUAUUAGGAUUUCUAUGUUUGGGUACUAAAGAUGCCCCAGGAAAUAUGGGCCUUAAGGAUCAAGUACAAGCUCUAAAAUGGAUUAAUCAAAACAUCAAAAGCUUUGGUGGAGAUCCUGGAAAUAUAACCAUUUUUGGUAUCAGUGCUGGUGGUGCAUCUGUUGAAUAUUUAAUGCUUUCACCUAUGGCUAAAGGCUUAUUUCAUAAAGCAAUAGCUCAGUCAGGAUCCUCCUUAUUGCACUGGGCGCAAACAACAAACCAGAAAGUUAAGGAUCUAGCCCAAAUGAUACCAAUAUUAAAGAAAAAAAUUACUAAUAAUAGCAAAGAAUUAUUAGAGUACCUCAAAGGGAUGCCACUUGAUGAGUUGAUUCGUAAUUCUAUGCUUGUAUUGGCUUUAGAUAAAUGGAGAGGAGGUAUUCAUUUUGGUUUUGUACCAACUAUUGAAGAAGAAGGUGAUUGGGAGCCUUUCAUAACUAAGUCAACAUAUAAUUUAUUAGCGCAGGGAGAGUUUAAUAAAGUUCCAUAUAUGGCUGGUUUUUGUGACCGAGAAGGUCUUUUGAUGGUGUCUCAUGGUGGCCCUAUUUUAGAAAAAUUGACUGAGGAGAAAAACUUUUUAUCCCACCUUCCUUUUGAGAUUGAUGCUACACAAAAGGUUGAGAUGGAAACACAACUGAAAUGUGUUUAUAUGGAGGGUGAAAAAAAUUACAAGGAUAUUGAUUCCUUUGCAAUUGAUUUCUUCUCAGAUGUAGAUUUUCUCGGUGGUGUUUAUGUCUCCACAAUGUUAAUUGCAAAACACAAUUCACCAGUUUACUUGUAUGAGUUUGCGUAUGAUGGCAGUUUAAAUUAUUUAAAAAAGAAAAUGAAGAUUGAUAGAGAAGGUGCAUGCCAUGGGGAUGAUGGGGGUUACCUUGUGAAGAGUAAAAUCCUGAAAGAUCCUUUAUCAGAAACAGAUAUAUUAGUGAAGGAGAGACUAUGUACUAUGUGGACUAAUUUUGCUAAAUUUGGAAAUCCUACACCGAAGACAGACAAGACUCUACCUUGUAUAUGGGAGCCUGUAGCCGAAACUGGGUUGACAUAUUUAAAAAUUGAUAAAGAUUUAACAAACAAACAAGAGUUAUACCCAAAACGUAUGAAACUUUUCAAAGAGCUGUAUGAAAAUUAUUAUAAAUCUUAGGUUAUGUUAUAUUAUGUUAUAUUAUCUUUUAAUAUAGAAAUAGUCUGUUCAUGUUUGUAAUUAAACUCAUUCUAAAGGGCUGGACUGAUUUUUGAUGAGCCCGCUAGUUAAAUUGAAUAAUUGUAAUAUGAAGAGAAAACUAAAUUAGCUAAGGAAGUUAUUGUGUUUUAAACAUUUAUAACGUAAAACAGUGUUUAUAGAAUCUGUUCAUGUCUAUUUACUUAAGGUAGGUAUACAAAUUUCUGUAUGUGAUUAAAUGUGAUUGUAUCUAAUAAAUAUUGGUUACUAAAUUUAAUGAAAUUGUAUUUUCACUUGAGGGCUCAAACUAUUUUAUUACAAUUUAAUAGUUAUAUAUACAAAAUAAUAAGCAGACACAAAGUGUUUUUAGGAAACUAAAUUUUAUUGUAAUGUGUACUGUAUAUUUAUAAACUAAAGGUAUCGUCCUAAUUUGAAAA